UUUUUUUCAUUUUUUUGACUGUCAGGGCCUGGGGCUGUUGGCUUACAUUGCUCCAGAGUAUGAUGUCAACUGACCCCAUCUAAGCAAGUGGUGACUGCCUCCCCACACCACAAUGUGGCUAACUGUCAAACUUCUCUUAGGCCGGAGGUGCUUACUCCAAGUCUCAGAGAACGAGAAAGUAUUUAUGUUAAAGCGACUAGUGUCAAAACAGCUUCAUGUCCCCGAGAAACAGCAGCGUCUACUCUUCAGAGGCCAGGUCCUGGCUGACAACAAGCGCCUCUCCGAUUAUUGUAUUGGACCCAAUUCUACACUCAACGUGAUCCUCCGUCCCUUGGAGAAAGCAUCCCCCGAGAGGCCUUCCCAGUCUCCAUCUCCAUCUCCAUCUCCAUCCCCUUCCUUGUGGCCUCAGCUUGCCCAGAUUCUGAACAAACAUUUUAGCCCACAGGAUGCAGAAAAAGUGCUUAACCGGUUAAAAGAAGAACAGAAGAAGUGCUUGCAGCGGAUGAGUCUGGAUGACAUUGAGCGGAUCUCAAAGCUCUUAAGUCCAGGGGGGAAAUUCUCAGCAGCCUCAGGCUCUAGAGUCCAGUAUAAAGGAGAUAUGGAGCCUCAAGGAGAUAGUAAAUACAAUCCUGCAACCAAGGACGGCUUAAAAUCAGAAAAGUCACCUGGUAAAUAAACCUGACAAGUCUGAAAUAA